AAUUAGAAAAAGAAUUAGAAAAUCUUAAAAAACAAAAUGAGCAAUUACAAGAAAUAUAUCAAAAAAAUAGUGAUAUUCGUGACUUGGUAAAUUCAGGUCUUUUAGAUUUAUUAAAAACUUGGAAAGAUCAAGAAUAA